AUGUUCAAACCAUUUCUCUUCCACAAUGCUUUUCGCUUAUCAACAACAACACUGCACCAUUCAAGCUUCCAAUUUUCUCUCAGAUUCCUCACCACUCCACCCUCACACCCAUUCGCUGUAUCUUAUCUCAUCGACAAAUUCGGUUUCUCAUCAGAAUUCGCUUUCAAAGCUUCGAAAACCCUUCAUUUCAAAACCUCAAAAAACCCUGAUUCAGUUCUCAAUGUCUUCACAACUUACGGUUUCACUGAUUCAGAUAUUCAAAACAUCAUCAGAAGAGAACCUUGGCUUCUUUCCUGUGAUGCCCAAAAAAGAAUUCUCCCAAAGUUUCAAUUUUUACUAUCGAAAGGCGCUUCUAAUUCCGACAUUGUUCGUAUGGUUGUAGGUAACCCUAGAUUCAUGAGAUCGAGUUUGAAUAAUCGUGUUAUCCCUGUUUAUAAAUUGGUAACUCGAUUUCUUAAAUCGGAACAAAAGGCUAUUGCUUCUGUAAUUUCACUUCCUUAUUUACUUUGUUGUGAUUAUGUGAUUCCUAAUGUUAAUUUAAUGGUUGAUAAGGGUGUUUGCGAUUCGAGUAUUGCUAAAAUUAUUUGUAGCCAUAUUAUAUUUUGUAAGCCUAGGGUUUUUGAGGAAAUGGUGGAGGAGUUGAAAAACAUGGGAUUUGAUCCUUCUAAAAUAUAUUUUGGUGAUGCAUUGCUCGCUAAGUUAGGUUUAAGUAAAUCUAAAUGGGAUGCAAAAAUUGAUACUUUUAAGAAAUGGGGUUGGUCUGAGGAAACUAUUUUGGAAGCUAUUAGGAAGCAGCCGAAAUGUAUGUUAGCUUCGACCGAUAAAAUCAAUAGAGUGAUGCAGUUUUGGGUUAAUGAUUUAGGUUGGGAUUCUUCUUAUCUUGCUAAGGGACCGGGGAUGUUUUCUUAUGCCUUGGAAAAAAGGAUCGUUCCAAGAGCUAUGGUUGUCAUUUGUCUUCAAACUACGGGUUUGAGAAGUGAGAGUGCUAGCUUGCUUUCUCCAUUUUAUGUGUCUGAGAAAGUAUUUUUGGAAAGAUUUGUGUUAUGUUUUAAAGAGGAAGAAACUGCUCAUUUAUUGAAUUUAUAUCGCACUAUGAUGAAGGUGGGAGAUGAGAAGGUAAGUAGCAUAGGAGAAUCAUGA